AUGGAAGGGCAAGAACCAAGCAUUUCUGUUUUUUCUUUCAAAACUAUACCAUCAACCCCAACACGUUCCAGUUUGAGUUCAAUAACCAAUUCACAAACUUCAAACACGCCCACAAGGGUUUCCAAUAAAAUUGAGAUAUUAAAAAUAGCAACGAAGCCAACACUUAAACGAACUCGGCGGACGCGGAACAACAAAGGGAAGAAGACGGAGAGAGCGCUUCAAGCGAAGUAUGAAGGGUUGUGGGAUGUUGAUGAAGUGAAAGGGACACUUUUGAAGUAUGAAGAGGAAGUUGCAAAAGAUUGUGCAGAGGCGCAUCCGAUUCCAUGUGCUGUAUUUUAUGGGAAUGACAAAGAUGAUGUGACAGACGAUUCAAUCACAGAAGAACAAAGCAAUGAAUUUGGAAGUGUGUUACAACAUGUUAGUGAUGAAGACAAAGAAGUGAUGUGUUCACUGUGUGAGUUACUGAAAGAAGUGCAUCCAAUAAUGAGUGACAAGAAAAUUAGAACAGAAAGUGGAAGAAUUCUGAACAACAUCAGAACUUAUGGGACGUGUGUUAUGAUGUGGAAGAAGAACAUUUGUGACGAGAUGAAUGUCAGCAGUGUGGAGUGUGUGGUGAAGAGAAUCGUUGAUACACAUCGAGACAACAAAACGAUCAAUGAUGGGUUAUUUGUGGAUCACAUGAGAAUGUGUUACACCAAAAUCAUGUGUGGUGAAGUGUGGUGCUCAAGUGCGUUUGUUGAAGAAGAGAGAAACAGCGGGUUUUUGGUGUUUGAUAUGGAAAUCAUUCGUGUGAUAGCAAAAGAAGGCAUUUGUAGUAUCGAGCGUGUUGUUGAGAGUGUCAAUGUGUUAUAUUUGGUGAUGAGUUUUGGCAUCACAACAAAAAGUGGAGCGAUUUCAGUUUUGCAACAAAGAGUGUCAUUUUUGAAAAAAGCUGUUUAUUAUGGCGUCUUUUGA